UUAAACAAGAAUCAAUGUAAUGACAAAAUUGGUUGAAGGAAAAUAGAAAUCCCAUUGCUAUGUUUCCCUGUCUCAUAUUUGGGAAUAAAACAUUGUAAAUGGCCUUGAGGAACCACAGUACCAUCACUGAGUUCAUCCUCCUUGGGCUGCCUGCUGACCCCAAGAUCCAGGCUCUACUCUUCGUGCUCUUCCUGGGGAUUUACCUCCUGACCAUGAUGGGGAACCUGAUUAUGCUGCUGGUUAUCAGGACUGAUUCUCACCUCCACACACCCAUGUACUUCUUCCUGAGUCACCUCUCUUUUAUUGAUCUCUGCUUUUCUUCAGUCAUAGUGCCCAAGAUGCUGAAGAACCUCCUGUCUCAGAAGAAAACCAUUUCAGUAAAGGGCUGCCUGGCUCAGAUAUUCUUUGUGCUUACCAUUGGAGGGACUGAAGACUGUAUUCUUUCAGUGAUGGCCUAUGACCGCUAUGCUGCCAUCUGCCACCCUCUGCUCUAUGGCCAGGUAAUGAGUAAACAGCGGUGUGUGCAGCUUGUGCGUGGCUCAUGGAGCCUGGGCUUUCUGGACACAUUCAUCAAUGUCCUUCUGGCAAUGAAAAUGGACUUUUGUGAUACCUACAUCAUCCCACACUACAGCUGUGAGUUGCCCUCUAUCUUCCUUCUGUCUUGCUCUGAUGUCUCCACCAACUUCCUUGUCAUGCUCUGUUCCACCAUCCCACAUGGACUGGUAACUUUCCUUUCAAUCUUUUUCUCCUACAUUCACAUCAUCUUCACCAUCCUUAGUAUCACCUCCACUUCUGGCAGAAACAAGGCAUUCUCCACGUGCUCCUCCCACCUCACUGCAGUGAUCUUCUUCUAUGGGUCAGCUUUUCUCCGCUAUUUCAUUCCAGCCUCAGGCUCGCCCCUUGAGUUGAUCUUCUCUGUGCAGUAUGGUGUGAUCACUCCCAUGCUGAAUCCCCUCAUCUACAGCCUGAAGAACAAGGAGGUCAAGGCAGCUGUGAAAAGAACACUGGGAAAGUAUUUAUCAUGUUUUCAGUGGCAGAAUAAAGAGAAAGGAUGAUGUGGAGUUCACAUAGAAACACUUAUGGCAAGACGUUAAAGAUAACUUCCUGAAAGCUCAUAAUCAAAUUUGGCAAAAUAAAUCAGAAGUACCUAAGAAACACAGACCUAUUAUAGCGUGGAUUAUUGAGUUCAAUUCUACUUGGAGGCAAAAGAAUAGAUUAAAUAUUCAUGUCAAAUCAUAAAAUUUCAUUAUGAGCAUGUUCACCAAUAAUUGUUUUAUAUAUGUGCAUUGUGUGUUUGUGUUUGAGUAUGCUUGUGUGUGUGUGUGUGUGUGAUUAUGCUUGUGUGUGCAUGUGUGUAUGCAUGUAUAUGCAGUUUGGCUUGGCGUAAAUUAUCUUUCCAUUAUUUGUAGUUAAAUUUGGGUAAGGCACCGAAAGCUAUAGUUUUUCUAAAUUGAAAAGUGCCUGUAUAUUUUGAGGAGAAAAGUCAUAAUGAGUUCAUAGGGGUACAAGGUAAUGAGUUCUGGUUAGAGUUACAGGAAGAGGAAAGAAUGAGUCACCUAUUAAAAAAAAAUUAGAUUAUUCAUAUUAGAAGAAUGAAACUUUCCAGGUGUUUGCUUUUACAUGGGAACUAAGGCCUUUGGAGAAGACCACUCCUAACAUAGCUGACCUGGUUGUACUCAUUUCCCAGUUUUAAGCAGGCCCACAACCUCAGGAAGAAGGACACUCUGAGGAAAACAGGACCAAAAAGAACAGAAAUACCAGAAAAUGCAGAACCUGAGUGCAUCUCAGGUAAUCACUCCACCAAUGACUUUAAGGGUCUUCAGCUGAAGGACUGAAGUUAUUUUCAGAACUCUUCCAUAGGGCUCAAAGUUGAAAUUUCGGAUGAAAGUAAUGUGUAAGAAUGUUUCCAAAAGAGCAGAUAGAGAUUAGAUUCUGGUCAGAUUUACAAAAUAGGACACAUUUGGUGGCCUCUGCCUUCCCUUUUUGAAUCCUUCCCAAUCUUUGAUGCUCCUGCUCUU